UAUAUUUUAACAUAUUUUUUCCUGAAACUUAGGCUAAUCGGGAUCAUGUGGGCGUGCGCGUGUAAACAAUCAAUCAACUUUAACUAAACACAAUCCGGCCCGAACAUACAUGAACUAGAUUUAGACUCUGUUUCUACAAACGUGUUGUCUAUCUACGUGGAAUGUCUUUGUUGCCUUGCUCAGGAUUAUUGAGCAAUGCUGAAGUUGAUAAGAUCAGUAUGUUUACAUAACUCCUCUACAUCAUUCCAUGCUGCUGUCCUUGUUCAACCUGUUGGAUCACCCAGAAUGUCUUCCCUUCGUAUAUCUCACUCAUCUGGAGCUAAUGAAGACUGUCAUCAUCAACAUUUAAGGCAGUGCGCACAACAAAUAUUUGAUGCUGGAGUUGAAGCCGUUCUCCCAAAUCAGAUGGUCAAAGAUGCUCUACAUUUGGACGGCAGGAUACUGCAUGUCAAUGGGCAACAAUACAUGGUUAAUAAGAACGUUCACAUUGCUGCCUUUGGGAAGGCAGUGGCUGGAAUGGUGCGAGCAGCGGAGGAUGUCCUCGGAGACAAUGUGAACGAUGGCAUUGCGAGUGUACCGUUUGGGAUUCAAAAGACUCUGGGAGACCUGAAGAAAGCAGAUCUCCUUCCCACCUCUGGGUCAAAGGUGAAGCUGAUUGAAGGAGCAAAGAACAACCUUCCAGAUUCAAAUUCAUUGCAGGCUGCAGCUGAAAUAUCUUCCCUGGCCAGCAAACUUAGUGAAGAAGACAUCUUGUUAGUACUGAUUUCAGGUGGAGGAUCUGCUCUGCUCCCUUCACCCAUCCCACCCGUCACUCUGGUUGAGAAACUACACGUCAUCAAACUCCUAGCCAGCAGAGGGGCUACUAUUGAACAGCUCAAUACAGUCAGAAAGAAUCUAUCAACACUCAAGGGUGGAAGGCUAGCUGCCAUGGCAAGACCUGCAAAGGUUAUCAGCCUCAUUCUAUCAGACAUCAUAGGAGAUCCUUUAGAUCUGAUCGCAAGCGGACCCACUGUGCCAGACUGCUCCAGGACAAAAGAAUGUCUGAAGAUCCUCCAAGAGUUUGCCAUCUCUAGAGAUGACAUACCUUCUGCAGUUUUGGAAGUCCUUGAUAAGCCAGUCGACUGUUCAAGGGUUGAACCAUCAAGUGCCUUUUCACAUGUUAAUAAUGUUAUAAUUGGUAGUAACUCAAUUGCUGUAGCUGCAGCCCAGGAGCGGGCAAACAACGUGGGUUUCGAGACGAUGAACAUAUCAAAUGCAAUUGAUGGGGAAGCAAAGCAAGUGGCUGCCAUGUUUGUAGAUUUGGCAAAGUGUGUAUGUGAGAGAUAUAUAUCAGGACCAUCCACUGUAGGAGAACGGUUGGCUGAAAGCUGCUUCAAGGUUAACAAAGAUAAGAUUCAAGAACUGGAGGAUGUGUUGCAGAAGGCUGUCCAAGGGAACAAGCCAGUUUGUAUCAUCGGUGCAGGAGAAACCACUGUAACCAUCAGAGGGAAGGGAAAGGGAGGCAGGAAUCAGGAGCUUGCUCUGGCCGCAGGCAUCGCAAUGAAUGAAUCCUCAGCGCUGCAGACAUAUCACCAAGAUGGGUUUCUUGUUACACUCUUCUCGGCUGGAACAGAUGGACAGGAUGGACCUACAGAUGCGGCUGGAGCCGUUGCUGACCUUGGUCAGGUCACUAGGGCUUGUGAGUCGGGGUUAGAUCCUGCAGCAUUCCUGGACAAUAAUGAUUCCUAUACAUUCUACCGAGCAUUAGACCAAGGAAAGGACUUAUUGGUGACUGGACUGACUGGGACAAAUGUAAUGGACAUUCAAAUUCUCCUUGUGUGUCCACCCAACAGGUCUCCAUGAUAUCAAUGGAUUGUCCUUGUUUAAUGGCCAUGUAUGUUCAUGACAAGUGCCAAUUGUGUGGUUUUGUGAAAUUAAACUGAAAUAUGACUGAAGAUUCCUCUCUCCAUCCACAUGAGGAAUCUAUAAUCGAACUCUAGAGUAAUUUCCCAAAGUUCAAAAUACAUGUUUGUAGAGAGAAAUUGUCAAAAAGCAACUUUUAAUGAAAUAUUCCAAACACUUUCCAAAAUAUAAUUUUCUCACUCUACAUUCAACGAUUGAAACAAUUAGUAAGGAGCAAUCCAUCCCUUGUAAUAAGUUGAUUUGUAUGAAAGCAGAAAAAUAACCGAAA